UGAGUUGUGACUGAGAAGAGACGCAGCAACAGACAGACGGUAAUAUUUACCUUUUAUUACAAAGCUGUGACCUUAACUGAGGGAGGACAAUUACAGGAAGGAGCUCUAAAGUACUGAGGAAGUGAAAUACUUUAACUGUAAUCUGCUGCAGACUGAAAAAAAACACUUAGAGACCCAAAGUGAAAGUAACUGAGGCAGCUCUCUGCAGCAGGGAGGGCCACACCGUGACACAACUUUAACGUCUGCUGUGUUUUCAUCUACACUCAGAGACAAAAUGGCUUCCAUGUCAGAGAAGGAUUUCUGCUGUUCGGUCUGUCAUGAAGUCUUUAGAGAUCCUGUUGUUCUGUCAUGUAGCCACAGCUUAUGUAAAGACUGUCUGCAGAGCUGGUGGGCAGAGAAACAGACACAUGAGUGUCCAGUUUGUAAGAGAAGAUCUUUUUAUGAACCACCUCUUAACCUGGAGUUAAAGAAGCUGUGUGAGAGUUUCUUACAGCAGAGAGAUCAGAGAGCUCCAGAGGCUCUCUGCAGUCUGCACUCGGAAAAACUCAAACUCUUCUGUCUGGACCAUCAGCAGCCAGUGUGUGUCGUCUGCAGAGAUUCAGAAAAACACACCAACCACAGAUUCAGACCCAUCGAUGAAGCUGCACGACAACACAAGAAGGAACUCCAGGAAUCUCUGGAGCCAUUAAAGAAGAAGAUAAAGGUUUUUGAACAAGUUAAAGAGGAGUGUGACCAAACAGCAGAACACAUGAAGGUCCAGGCCCGACGCACAGAGAUGCAGAUUAAGGAUCAGUUUAAGAAGCUUCACCAGUUUCUAGAGGAGGAAGAGGAGGCCAGGAUGGCUGCACUGAGGGAUGAAGAGGAGCAGAAGAGUCAGAGGAUGAAGGAGAAGAUGGAGGCUCUGAGCAGAGAGAUAGCAGCUCUUUCAGACACAGUCAGAGCCACAGAGGAGCAGCUGAGAGCUGAAGAUGUCUCAUUCCUGAUUAACUACAAGGCUGCAGUGGAAAGAGUCCAGCAGCGCCCCCUGCUGGAUGAUCCACAGCUGCUCUCAGGAGCUCUGAUAGACGAGGCCAAACACCUGGGCAACCUGAGCUUCAACAUCUGGAACAAGAUGAAGGACAUGGUCUCCUACACUCCUCUGGUUCUGGACCCAAACACUGCUCAUCCAAGACUCAUCCUGUCUGAAGAUCUGACCAGUGUGAAACAAGGAGGAGAGAGACAGAAGCUUCCUGAUAAUCCAGAGAGGAUUGAUUCUCACUUCUCUGUUCUGAGCUCUGAGGGCUUUAACUGGGGGACUCACAGCUGGGAUGUCAAAGUUGGAGACAAUACAUUUUGGACACUGGGUGUGUCAGCAGAGUCUGUCCAGAGGAAGGGAAUCAUACGAUCUGGAUUAUGGACAAUAUGGUUCUAUAAAGGUAAAUACUCAGCGUGGUCUCCACCAGCUCCAGACACUGAUCUCCCGUUUAAGAAGCAGCUCCAUAGGAUCAGAGUGACUCUGGACUGGAACAGAGGAAAGCUGUCGUUCUCUGAUCCUGAUACUAACACACACAUACACACCUUCACACACACUUUCACUGAGAGGCUGUUUCCAUACGUUAGCACAGGAGAAGCAGUCCCACUGAAGAUAUCCCCACUGAAGGUCUAUGUGACAAAACAACAGGUCUGAUAGUCUUUAGUUUGAAGGGGGUGAUAAUAAUAGUAAACAACUGUUCACUUCAUGAGUUAAUAUCUGUCCAUCUUUCUAUGUACAUGUUUACAUGUAUGAGCAAAAAAGUAAGGACGAAAGGCAAGAAUAGGUCAAAACAAACGACAAAACCUUAAAAAAAGGUGAAAACUUCAAAAACUUUGAAAAAAGCAACAAACUUGGAUAAUAAAAAGACAGUAGAAGUAACUACACCCUUGUAACUGAAAAACAUUUUGCAAAAAAUGUCACGUACCCCCUGCAGUCCUCCAAAGUACCACUAGGGGGACAUAUACACCCAUUUGAGAAACUGUGAAAGACCAUCCAAUCACCUGCCAGGGUUUAUUUGACAGUGCCCGCCUUUUUCCAAACAGUUUCCAAUGACUCAUCUAAACAGCAGCUUAUGAGAACAUUGUUCUGUGACUAGUGGAUGUGUUGCCAUUUAGACAUGACAUAGUAUCAUCAUUGUAACAUUUAUCUAUCUUUUGAUCAUUUGCUAUCUUUGAUUUGUGUGUUUUUAUUCCGAUUAUUUUGUUCUUGAUUUGUUUUAAAUGUUUAUUUUUGAUUUCAUUGAUUUGUUCGAGGUGUGUGUGGUGAACUGUGGGGAGGAAAGCUAAAAUAUUUAUUUUUAACAUUAAGUUUAUGAUAAAAAAAGAUGAAGGCUGCAACUUUUGAGGAAAACUUGUGGUGAUUAAAAUUCAAACUGCUGAUCUAAGAACAGAUUUACUAUCAACAUUGAUCAAUAAAGAAAAUCAUAAUAAAUCUUCUUAACCCUC